AUGGCUGCCCUGGAUACCUCAUAUGCAGCGGGUUUCCAGAAGGAAACGUGGACCUUGUACGCUUUCGGGAUCUUGGUCUUGGUCCUACGAACGAUUGCUCGAAUAAGACGACUCGGGCUGCGCUCGCUACAAUAUGAUGACUAUCUCAUGCUAACAGGCGGCAUAUGGUACACAUUGCUAUGCAUCUCCUUGAACUCGGUUGUUGCUGUUGGGGGUUCGAAUUUGAUGGAUGCGCAAGAUAUUGCGGAACUCACGCCAGCGAUCAAGGUCGAGCGUGUCAAGGGCAGCAAAUGGGUGUUUGUUUCCGAACAUGCCUUUAUAAUGACCAUAUGGACAUUAAAGGCAUGCAUGAUCAUACUAUAUCGCCGCAUAAUGGAGGGGUUGCGCCAACAGCGGCUGGUGAAGUAUUUGACUAUUUGGGUCUUCCUUGGAUUCGUUGGCUCAGAGCUGGCGCUCUUCUUAAUCUGCCGACCUUUAUCCGAUUACUGGGCUGUUCCCACCACCAACACUCAAUGUUCGACCUACCAAUAUUAUGAGAUAAUUCAGGGGAUACUUGCUAUUUCAGCUGACAUCCUCAUGCUCCUUGUCGCCAUCCCGCUUCUUAUGGCAGUUCGACUGCCACAAAAGCAGAAAAUGAUUCUCAUCAUCAUUUUUGGGCUGGGUAUAUUCAUCAUAAUCGCGGCCAUCUUGACGAAGUUGUACUGCCUGGUACCAUCCCUGAUUUCCUACGUAUACCUGAACUGGUACUUCCGAGAAGCCACAGUCGCCAUGCUUGUCACCUGUCUCCCAAUGACAUGGUCAUUACUAAGAGAUAUUUUCCCCGCUCUGAAGAGUUGGACUGGCGGAUCACGGCAAUAUGGGUCAGGAAAGGGUCCAUCAGCACGCCGAACAGGCUCUCGCCCUCCUUUUCAAUCAACAAAGAACCAUUUGCAAUUGAACUCUUUCAGCCGAGCCCACGCAUCUCAUGGAAAAGCCACGGAAAGCGAUAUGGGAUACGAAUCGAGCCACGGCUCGCCACGCGACCACAGUGACCGGUACAAUGACAAGAAUGAUGUCAAGCAGUUGACAUCGAUACAUGUACGCCAGGACGUUACCGUGACAGUACAGGAUGAUCGGGACAGUGAAGAAACCUUGUCCAACGGCUAUACUAGACACCAACGUAAAGCCACUGGUUGGGAGGAUAUGGCCUGA